AUGUACAGUACUACUGUAGUACAUACUCUUAUGAAACGGGUAUUGAUGGUACCUCCGAAACAUUUUACCGUCGAGUAUAAUAUAAAUCCAUGGAUGGGAGGAGUUGUCGAUAAGGCAAAGGCGUAUACCCAAUGGAAAGCGCUAAAAUCGGCUAUCGAGAAAGAAGGAGUAGAGGUGUUAACGAUGGAACAGGCACCUGACCUUCCCGAUCAGGUUUUCGUUUGUAAUUCUGGUCUCGUCUACAAUGAUAAGGUGUAUCUCAGCAAAUUCCGACACAAAGAAAGAACAGGAGAACAAAAGCACUAUUUGCAAUGGUUCAAAGCCCAUGGAUACCAAACACUCGGCGAAGACUACCCGGAAUACUUCGAAGGAGGCGGUGACGCGGUAUUCUCUGAUCAGAAGACGUUAUGGGCAGGAUUCGGUCACCGAUCAGCCGAAGAGGUCUUAAAGGAAUUGGGCCACUUUGAUGUUGUCAUCUGCAAGCUGAUUCAUCCUAACUUCUAUCACUUGGAUACAUGUUUCGCCCCUGUGGAUCAGACAACUGCCCUUUGGUAUCCACCAGCAUUUUCUGAGGAUACCAAGAAAGAAAUAUUACGACGUAUGCCGGAUUCUAUCGCAAUUUCGGAUGCUGAAGCAAAUGCAUUUGUAUGUAAUGCGAUUACUGUACGAGAUACCGUACUAUCGCCAAUUGGUAUGGAACAAGCAACACGAAAUGCUCUAGCUCAACGUAAAAAGGCUGUCAUCGAUAUGGAUAUGAGCGAAUUUAUGAAAAGCGGUGGUGCCUGUCAAUGUCUUGUGCUUCGAUUAUAG